AUGGAUCAGACAGAAGCAGCGUCCGGCGAUGUGGUGUUGGAAUUUAAAGAAGACGUGGCACUGACGGAGAAAAUGCGUCUUCGCGUGUCGUCCCUCCAGCGCUCGGGCCAAAAGCGCCAGGACGGCGAGCGACUUCUGCUGCCCCACGAGGCCGUCUACCGACUAGAUUUCGGGCAUCAGGAGCUGAGCUUCCUUCGCUGGAACGUGUCGCUGGUCGGGAGCGGGCGCGUCACGAUCACGGGCAUUUCGCAACACUGGACGCCCGACCUGACCCACCUGAUGACGCGACAGCUCCUGGAGCCCGUCGGCACCUUCUGGCGCGGCCCUGACGACGACCUCAAGUGGCUGGAGGCCGACGUGCAAGAGUUUGGCGAGAGGAUCGCCGAACUAGCCAAGGUGCGCAAGGUCAUGUACUUCCUGUUCGCUUUCAAGGACGGCGCCGAGCCGCCCCAGCUGCAAUGCUCGCUGGCUUUUACCGCAUGCUGA